AUGCGCAUCUUCGCAGCUCGCUGCCGUUUCCCGUUGGCCUCCCCUUUCCACGGGAGUCUCGGAGCUGCGAAGUUCGUCGUGGAGGACCCUGGGAUCUCAGAGGCGGCUGGGCCUGGGGAAACAGGACAAAGCACGGGAGCGGGCAGCGCGAAUCCAUCCCUCAAGGCCAGGGGCCAGGCGGGGAGGUUUUGCCCUGGGCGACAUUGGCACAGGAACCCCGCCGCACAGGGGGUGUCUGUCUCGAGGCGUAGGAGCCUAGCGGAGCUCACCCGUCUCCACUCUCUCCCUGCAGCAGUGCUGAAGGCUGAGCAGGCGGCGGUGUUCAAGUUCCCUCUGGCGCCGCUUGGCUGUUCUGGGCUGGGCUCGGCCCUGCUGGCGGCCGGGCCUGGGCUGCCUGGCGCGGCGGGUGCGCCGCACCUGCCGCUGGAGCUACAGCUCCGCGGGAAGCUGGAGGCGCCAGGCCCUGGGGAGCCAGGCACCAAAGCCAAGAAGGGGCGCCGGAGCCGCACUGUGUUCACCGAGCUGCAGCUGAUGGGCCUGGAGAAACGCUUUGAGAAACAGAAGUAUCUCUCCACGCCAGACAGAAUAGACCUCGCGGAGUCUUUGGGUCUGAGCCAGUUGCAGGUGAAGACGUGGUAUCAAAAUCGAAGGAUGAAGUGGAAGAAAAUUGUGCUGCAAGGCGGCGGCCUGGAGUCUCCCACCAAGCCCAAGGGGCGGCCCAAGAAAAACUCCAUUCCCACGAGUGAGCAGCUCACGGAGCAGGAGCGUGCCAAGGAAGCAGAGAAACCAGCGGAGGUACCGGGCGAGGACUGAGCCUGCCAAGGGUGUGGCGAGGGC